CUACUGUGAGCUUGUCAUCUUAAAACAAUACAGCCUUGCUUAAAGACUCACGUAAAUAUGCUGCAAAUCUUGGCAAUAUUACUUUUCUUCAAUUUCACUGUCGUGUUCUCCACUGGUAAUCCUGGGAGUAAUUCAUCAUGUAACUACAAAGCAGUGGGUGAACAAGCUAUUAUUCCAAUGGGUGAGGAAAAAUUACAAGCUGAAAGCCAUAUUUCCUGGACGCAUAAUGAAAGGAGGGUGUAUGUUCAGAAGGGCAUGAAAGUUUCGGUCAACGUGUUCAACAUAGACCCCACUGGAGCUCUGAUACUGAAGAACAUACAGUUAGAGCAGUCAGGAAAGUACAUGGGUGAAGUCUAUAACAGUAACGGACGUCUUUUAAAGAAAAACGAAGAACAGCUCUGUGUGCAAGAGCCAGUGGCCGAACCUACAGUCAUAUUCAUGUGUGAAGAAAACAGAGUCACUCUAACUUGUAAUGCUACGAACCACUCUGAGGUUGUUGUAUCAUGGAUGAAAAAUGGAAAGACUGAGUCCAACAUGGCAAAUGCUGUUUUACAUGUAAACUCAUUUGACCUCAAGGCUGGAGAUAAGUUCUCAUGCACAGUCAAAAACAUGAUUAGUGUGAAGUCAGCAAAAGAAGUCCAGCCUCUAUGCUCUGAUUCAGGCCAACAUCCAAUGAAUGACAAUAAAGAAAAAGAAGUGAAGAGCGACAAGGGAAAUAUAAAAGACGACAUGUCUGAGAAGAAAUAUCUCUUUGGCUUGGACUUUUUGUGGAUGUUAGUGAUCCUGACUGGAGGUGGCACUUUCCUCCUCGUACUCCUCCUCAUUUGUAUAGUCUGUCUCUGCCGCUGCUGCAAACGGAGCGAGAAACUCGCGAAAGAGGAGCAAGAAUUUCGGCUUAUCUCUCUUAUGCCAGAUCAGCGUGAUUGCCAGUACAAUCAAGAAAAUGCAUCUCAAAGGCUAUCCAAAAGCCAGCGUCCUCUUCCACCCAUACCCGCCCCCAUAAUACCCCCUAGUGUUGAACCCUCUUAUAUUUAGACUAAUCUGGGACAAACAUUGAGACCACCAAUAUAAUCAUGUGAAAUAAGUAUUGUUUAUAUCAUGUUUAAUUUCUGAUUUAUAUAACAAUAGCCAAAAGUUUUGACAUACCUAUUCAUUUUGUAAAAUUUCAUGUCUGGGUAGCUCAGUGAGUAAAGAUGCUGGCUAUCACCCCUGAAGUCAAGAGUUUGAAUCCAGGGCAUACUGAGUGACUCCAGCCAGGUCUGCUAAGCAACCAAAUUGGCCCGGUUGCUAGGGAGGGUAGAGUCACAUGGGGUAACCUCCUUGUGGUUGCUAUAAUGUAGUUCUCGCUCUCUGUGGGGCGUGUGGUGAGUUGUGUGCGGAUGCCGCUGAGAAUAGCGUGAAGCCUCCACAUGCACUACGUCUCUGCGGUAACGCGCUCAACAAGUCACGUGAUAAGAUGCGCGGAUUGACGGUUUCAGAGGCGGAGGCAACUGAGAUUCGUCAUCCACACCCCCCUGAUUGAGGCGAGUCACUACGCCACCACGAGGACUUAGAGCAAAUUGGGAAUUGGGCAUUCCAAAUUAGGGAGAAAAGGGGAGGGAAAACAUUUCCACAUUGUAGAAUUAUCGUAAAGUCAACAAAACUCAAAUGGAAUUAUGGGAAUUAUGUAGCGACCAAAACAUUUUAAUUCUCAUUUCAGAUUUAUUUUCUUAAAAUGAGUUACCCUUUGCUCCCUCUGGACAUUCUCUCAACCAACUUCACGAAGUGUAUUCUGAGAUGCCUUUUAAACAGCACUGAAUGUGUUUACAUGUACGCUAGACACAAGUUGAUUGCUUUUCGUACAUUAUCUGGUCCAGUUAAUCCACUUAAAAAAAUGCAAAUUUAAUAAAAUAAAAAUGUAAUUAAAUUAUAGUUUUGUAAAAACAUUUAAACAUUUAGAUCAUACAGGUUUUAAAAAAAACAUACUUUGUAUUUAAAAACCCGUACAGUCAAGUCUAUGUCUAAACUUUUGUCUUGUAGUGUAUAUAUGAUUUUUUUCUACACAAACAGCAUAUCAAUAAUUCCCUUUGUGAAUAUAAAUAUUCCACUGAAACUAGGUCAUUUCCGCAGGUUAUAUGCACUUCUACAGGAACUAUUGUGAUUGUGCUCUGCAAGACCACCUUUGUACAUGCAAGCACAAUAGAAUUGCACUUUUCCUGUUUUAACUGAUCUUAGUCAAAUGUGGUUGCAAGAUCUGCUCUAACAAACUGCAUUACAUAAAUCUCUCCCACACAGUCACUCAGUUCAUAUAUAUUUUUUAGAUUUACUCUGUUCAUUAAUCGUUUCAAGCCACAAACAACAACCAAUUUUAUUUAAUAGUUAUAAGUUUUAAGGACAUAUUUAUGAGAGAAAAUUUUUGAUUGAAACUUGAAGAUGAUGGACAGAGCAUUUAUCAUCUAGCCAAAUUACACAGAGAGCUAUCAAAUCACAGUUUUAUUGAUGGAAAGGUUCAAGUUAAAUGCUUGAAAGGCCAUGAGGUUUCCCACAAGUGGUGUGUGAAAACUAUAAAGCUCUCUUGGUUGUUUAGGUUUGCACGUGUGAAUGUGGGCACUUCUGUUUGCUGUUUAUCAUAUUGAGCUUUGCACAGAAAUAUAAAUUUGCCCAUUGUGUGAUUCAAUAAAAUAUACUUUUAUUACUAAAUGUCUAGCGUCAACUUGAAAAUGUGAGUUGAAUGCUGCUUUUUGAGGUACGUUACACAAAGUCCAAAAUAAAACUUGAUUGUUUUUAGUGAGAAGUAAAUGGAAUAUGUUGGCAUCUUCAAUAUUUUCAGCUUUUAAUUAAAUUGCUGCAUGAUUUUAGUUGAAAUAUUAUGAACUUGCAAUUGCUGUAUUUUGCAUGUUUUUUUGCUUUUGACAUUUUAGUUUUAAUGGCUUCUUAUCUUAAAACAGCUAAUGAGAAUAAUUUCCAAAGUAUUUUAAUUUUCCAUUUGAGUAAAAUAUGUAUUUCUGAGCAACAAACAUUCUUCAACCGAUGUAUUGCAGUAGAGCAAUAACUUUUUUUAUUUUCAUUCUGAUUCCCAUGCUCAUCAUUUCAUCACUCACUCACACUAGCACAUAAUCUGAGCACAGCAGUGCAGAAACUAAAACCCCCUUCCAGAUAUACAUUUCACCAGAGACCAAAGUAUGUUAUUGAGACUUGAGAUGAGUUUCUGCUUACUUAAUUGUGUCAAAGAGAGGAUGUGAAGAAAUGACUGAUGAUAAUCUGUAACGGGCGACAUGUAUAUUCUACAGCGAGUACAGUACAAGUUACAACCCUGUUCAGAAUAGUAUGUAAGACGAUGAAGAAUUCAGCGCAAUGACAAGCAAAUGUUCUUACUGCAUGUGUCAUGACCUGGAAUGUACCUUCACAAACCACCACAAAUAAUACCCCACCACACACACACACACACACACACACACACACAUUGUACAAAGUGUUUUGCAUUCUUUCAAUCUCUCUUACAUAGUUUUGCACAACUUUUGUCCAAUACAGCAUCAGAAGAUUUAAUUUUCCCCUUCAUAUGACUUGAUUCUGGGAUUGGAUAACAUUUAUUCAUAUAUUUUGAAUAUUUUGUUUUAUAUGCUUUCUUUUCAUUUUAACUUAUGGGAUACUGCGUAUUUACUGUAAAUAGGUAUGUUGUU